GAAAGAGUGAGCGAGACAGCAAAUCUUGCAGUGUUGGAAAGGAACAGUUCAGCAGCAACGUUACGUUGUGGUUCGAUCUGGCAAUAGCCCCGCUGCGGUCACACUGGAAUCGAGCGUUUUGGAGUUUAGCGAAAUUUUUUGUGCUAAUUUUGCGUGCAGAAAUCGAAUCAGCGCCGUGUUAAUUGGGAACAAGUGGAAGCCCCGAGCUGUUACACCUGGUGGGAAGAGGAGGAAUCGGGGAUAGAAUAAAAAAAUAGAAGCGACCGCGAGCGACAUGAACUCGAAGGCUGACGUCAACCGCCGCGUUCUGGCCAUUCAGGCGAAGAAGAAGCGCCAUAAGAACAACAAGAAGCGGGGCAAGCAGAACGGCAACGCCUCCCAGGAGCAGCCGCCGCCGCCGGCGCAUCCCAAUCCGAACCAGAGCCCCAAUCUGAAUAGGAGCAGCGAGAACUUGCAGGCACCGGACAAUGCUAAUAAUAGCCAGGCGAAAAUGCCGCUAACGGGCAGCGUUGGCAGCACACCAGCUGUAGCGACGGCGUCCACGUCCAGCGGCAGCACGCCCGAGCAAUACCAGCAGGAAUCCUCCGGCAAGUCCAAGAACAAUCAGCAAAAGAAGCCACAGCAGCAGAAGGAGCAGUCGCAGCAGCAGCAGCACAACAAGGAGCAACUGCAGCAGCCGCCGCGGAGCAGCUCCAACGAGUCGUACGAAUCGGAGCUAAACAGCGAGAACGAGGAGCAGGAGCUGAAGGAGGACUACUGCAAGGGUGGCUACCACCCCGUCAACAUCGGUGACCUGUUUCAGGGUCGCUACCAUGUCAUCCGAAAACUGGGCUGGGGCCACUUCUCCACCGUCUGGCUGUGCUGGGACCUGCAGGAGAAGAGCUAUGUGGCCAUCAAGAUUGUCAAGUCCGCUCCACACUUUGCCGAGACGGCCAAGGACGAGAUCAAGAUACUCAGGACGGUGCGCGAAACGGAUCCCUCGAAUCCGCGACGCCAAAAGACCGUCCAGAUGCUGGAUGACUUCAAGAUCACCGGGGUCAAUGGCACCCACAUUUGCAUGGUCUUCGAGGUGCUCGGUGAUAAUCUGCUGAAGCUCAUCCGCAAGUCUAAUUAUCGCGGCAUACCGCUGGGCAACGUGAAGACCAUCACUCGCCAGGUUCUGGAGGGUUUGGAUUAUCUGCACACCUGCUGCAAGAUUAUUCACACGGACAUCAAGCCGGAGAAUGUGCUGUUGUGUGUGGAUGAGCCACAUGUCCGCUCGCUGGCCACUGAGGCCACCCAGCUGUACUGCAUGAACUCCAAAAUGUACCCUUCGCUGGUGAGUCGCGCGCCCAAGGAGUAUCGCGAGCCCUCCAUUACCGGUAAGAUGAGCAAGAAUCGCAAGAAGAAGCUCAAGAAGAAGGCCAAGAAGCGCAUGGAGCUGUUCAAGAAGCAGCGCGACUAUCUGGAGCAGGCUGGCGGACAGGCGCCGCCUGAUGCUGGCGAAGAUCAAACAGACUUUGGUGUCAAUCAUAAUGCGGUGCAGAAUGGCGAUAUGGGCAUCUCGGAUGCGGAUGAAUAUUUUGAGGCUAAGGAGGAGCCGGAGGAGAAUGAAGAUGAUGGAGAAGAGGACGAAGAUGUGGCUGCUGAGCAGCCUAAGCUUAAGGAGAAAUCAGAGCGCAAGGAGCAGCAAAAUCAGCAGCAGCAACCACCGGGGGAGGGCUCGGAGAAGGCCAAAAAGAAGAGGAAAAAGAAGAAUAAGAACAAAUCCAAUCAGCUGCAAGGUCAGCAACAGCAGCAGCAGCAGCCGCUCCCACUGGAGAACUCAACGAGCAGCGGCGACAGCAGCAGUGCUUUAAAGAGCCACCAGACCAAUGGCAGCAGUAGCAUCAAUAGCAACAGUAACUCCAAUAGCCACAGCAACUCGAGCAACACCAUGAAGGGACAAUCAAAUGGCAAGAAGAUGCCGCUAAGACCCAAGCAGGAGAAGCAGCAGCAGCAGCAGUUGAACAACAACAACACCAGUUCGAAGCCCAACUCGAACAGUAAUUCGAAAAUCUCAAGCGUAUCCGGAUCGUCCUCCAAUGGACCGUACUCGGAGCCCCUUUUGCCACCGCCUCCUCCGCCACCACAGGCCAAGCACAGGCCAAGACGUGAUCCAGCGCUGGAGGAGUGCAGCGUUUACGUGAAGAUCGCCGAUCUAGGCAAUGCCUGUUGGGUGGACAGACACUUUACCGAGGACAUUCAGACGCGACAAUACCGCUCGCUGGAGGUGAUCCUGGGCUCUGGCUACGACACCUCGGCAGACAUUUGGAGUACCGCCUGCAUGGUGUUUGAACUGGCCACCGGUGACUAUCUGUUUGAGCCGCAUUCGGGCGAUACCUACUCCCGCGACGAGGACCAUUUGGCUCACAUCAUCGAGCUACUUGGACCCAUACCGCGACACAUUGUGUUCCGUGGCACCUACGCCCAGCAGUCGUUCAAUCGAGGCGGCGAGCUGAGGAAUAUUAACGGCCUGAAACCCUGGGGCCUGAUGGACGUGCUGCUGGAGAAGUACGAGUGGUCGCACAGCGAGGCGGAGUCCUUUGCCUCGUUCCUCAAGCCCAUGCUGGAGUUUGAUCCGGCCAAGCGAGCCACCGCUGCUGAGUGUCUGCAGCAUCCGUGGCUUAGAUAA